GUCUACUACCGCAGUCAUGGGAGGAUUUCAGAAAGAAAACGCCUGCGUUCCUCCGAAGGAUGUACAUUUGGUGUUUAGAGUAGACAGCGUGCGCCCGCCCGCCCGCAGAAAAGCAUCCCUUAGGCACCGUCAGUAAUUAAGGAUCAUUCACCCCAGUUAAGCAAAAAUCUCUGUGCUCCCGCUUGCUGAUUGGCCGAAGAGAUGGAGCCCAUAUACGCCACCGGGAUGGCUGCCAAGCUGCGGAGCCAGUGGGAUCGUGACAAGGGUCUGGGGCAGAAUGACAAUGCUGUGAAGUACCUGGGCCAGGACUUUGAGUCGCUGAAGGUCAGCUGCCUGCAGCGCCGGUGCCUUUUCGAGGACAACAUGUUUCCAGCCGAGGCCUCGUCACUCGGCUUUAAGGAACUGGGUCCCUCCUCCUCCAAGACCCACAGAGUGCGCUGGAUGCGACCCCCGGAGAUCUGCUCCAGACCACUGUUCAUCGAUAAUGGGGCUACUCGUACGGACAUCUGCCAGGGAGCCUUAGGUGACUGCUGGCUGUUAGCAGCAAUCGCAUCCCUGACUCUUAAUGACAACCUACUGCAUCGGGUGGUUCCACACGGACAGGAUUUUGACUCCCUGUACGCCGGAAUCUUCCACUUCCAGUUCUGGCAGUUUGGGGAGUGGCUGGACGUGGUCAUCGAUGACAGACUGCCAGUGAAAGAUGGGAAGCUGCUGUUCGUGCACUCUGCUGAAGCUGACGAGUACUGGAGUGCCCUGCUGGAGAAAGCCUACGCCAAGUUGAACGGCUCCUAUGAGGCUCUGUCAGGAGGAAGCACGUCAGAAGGCUUUGUGGACUUCACAGGUGGCGUGACAGAGAAUUUUGAUCUGCAGAAAGCCCCCUCAGACCUCUACAGUAUCAUUAAGCGGGCUGUGGACAGAGGCUCUCUCCUAGGAUGCUCCAUAGAUAUCAGCAGCAACUCUGACAUGGAAGCUGUAACAUUUAAGAAGCUGGUCAAAGGUCAUGCAUAUUCACUGACUGGGGUGCACGAGGUGGCGUACAGAGGGAUUCCCACCAAGCUGGUUCGGCUUCGAAACCCAUGGGGCGAGAUUGAGUGGACUGGGUCUUGGAGUGACAAUUCCCGAGAUUGGGAUGGUGUGAACAGUUCAGUCCGAGCUCAACUGCUGAAUCGCAGUGAGGAUGGAGAGUUCUGGAUGUCCUUCAAUGAUUUCCUGCGGGAGUUCACCCGCCUGGAGAUCUGUAACCUGACCCCAGACGCACUGCAGGCCAGUCAGCUGAAGAAGUGGAGCACGUCUCUGUUCCAGGGCCAGUGGAGGCGAGGCAGUACAGCUGGGGGCUGCAGAAACUUCCCUGCUUCGUUCUGGAUUAAUCCACAGUUUAAGUUGAAACUACAGCACCCGGACUCAGCCAGCACUUCAGACUGCAGCUUCCUGGUGGCCCUGAUGCAAAAAGACCGGCGGCAGAAGCGCAAAGAGGGCAAGGACAUGGAGACCAUUGGAUUCGCCAUUUACGAGGUUCCAAGCGAGUGUAUUGGCAUGUCAGCUGUGCACCUUAAGCAGGAAUUCUUCCUUACUAACGCCUCCAGAGCUCGCUCAGAGCUCUUUAUCAACUUGCGUGAAGUCAGCUCUCGCCUGUGUCUGCCUUCUGGCGAGUACAUCGUAGUGCCCUCUACCUUUGAGCCCAACAAGGAAGCUGACUUUGUCCUGCGUGUAUUCUCUGAGAAGCCUGCCAACUCUGAGCAUAUGGAUCAUGAAAUUGAGGCUAAUCUGCCCCCUGAGCCCCAAUUGGAUGAGAGCCAGAUUGAUCCAGGGUUCAAGAGUCUUUUCUUGCAGCUGGCAGGAUCGGACAUGGAGAUCAGCUCCACUGAACUGCAGACUAUUCUAAACAAGAUCCUCAAGAAGCAUAAAGACUUGAAAACGGAUGGUUUCUCACAUGAGGCCUGUCGCAGUAUGGUUAACCUAAUGGAUACUGAUGGCAAUGGGAAGUUGGGUCUGACAGAGUUUCAUGUGCUGUGGGAAAAAAUCAAGCGAUACCUGACGGUAUUCAGGAAAUUUGACCUGGAUAAGUCUGGCACCAUGAACACCUAUGAAUUGCGCCUGGCCCUGGAAUCUUCAGGGUUCAAGCUAACUAACCACUUGUUCCAGCUGAUAAUCCUGCGUUACAGUGAGACCGAUCUCACUGUGGACUUUGACAACUUCGUCAGCUGUCUUGUCCGGUUGGAAACAAUGUUCAAGACCUUCACAACCAUGGACACUGAUAAAGAUGGAGUAAUUUCACUCAACUUUUUCCAGUGGAUUUCUCUGACCAUGUUUGCAUAAGACCAACUGCAGCUCGCUGUCAACACCAGCAGCUACUGCUACUGUCCACUUGGAUUUUCAAAGGCUUGAAUAGUUUUCCCAUCCCCCACUGGUGAACACUGUGUCCUGCUGCUUUUAACCACAAUAUUCAGGCAAAACUACUAAGGCAAACUCUAUCUAAAAUCUGAUGAUAUACAUCUUGUACAUGGGGCCAUAACAUAAAUGACCUUUUAUAUUUUCACAGCAGCAAAGCUUUGUAGGAUUUUUUAACAAUAGUGUCAGAAUUACAGUAAGCCAAUGAACUGGUUGACUGAGGACAAUCAGGAAUAUGACUGUGUUGACAUUGCAGUCAGAAAGCAUUGUUUGCACAAAGCAUGAAUUUUACAGCACAUAGAUUUUCAGACCAAAUCAGGAAAGGCAUUUCCCCUUUUUUCUUUCUGUAAAGAAAGCCUGAGGUCAGCAUACAAGUAAUCGUUCUUUUUUUUUGGAUAUGCAGAGUGUUGUCUGGUGAUUAACACUUUGACUUCCUAUAAUUUUGGGUGGGAUUCCCAUUUUCAGUGGGUUGAGUAAUCAGGGAUGCUUGUAUUGCAUUACGCGUGGCUCUCAAUCCGCUGAACACUGGGCCACACUGGGCCAUUGACCCCAUUUAGGACAUUGGGUGGGGAAACUCGGGUGGGUGUGCGGUGGAGGUGAAUGUUUGUGAGAGUUUAUGGGCUCUUUGUUUAGUCUAAAAAAUAUAGUGGCUAUUUAAUGUCAUGAAAAAGGCAUGAUGUCUGCAUUCAGGGCAAAACAAUCUGCCCUCCCUUUUUCCAGUAUCAGUGCAGUGUGCUUAGAAUCUGUUUUUUUCAGUUGGACAUUAUACAUAUUAGUAGGUCCUCCCCAACCUGUUCCAUUAUAUUUUAGACUCAGAAUUUAUCGGUGACUUCCACUGAAAUACCAAAUGAUAAUACUGCUCUGCAGAGGAAAUCUUUGUAUUAAAUAGAUGAACAGGUAAUCUGAGGAGUAUACCCUGCUAGUAUAAAUACCUGUGGAGCAUGCUACUAUAUGUCACAGAACAGGAUCUGCAGUAGUACCCUUAUGUACCGUAAAUUACUUCUGGAAAUGUUCAGGUGUACAAAUGAAUAAAUCUUAUAUAGAAUCUGCUUUAGAGUUUAUUAUCCCUCAAAGAAAUUUAAUUCAUGCACAUUGCUUGUACAUUGUAACGCAUUGUUGACAGUGAAACACAAAAACAGGCCAAAUUUCACUGAAGUAUGUAACCUCAGAGACUAGGGAAAGUGUAUAGGCUUCUGAGUGCUUGGGGUUUGCCUUUACCAUGAGUUGGGUUAGCAAGGCUUUUUGGACAAAAUUCAAAGGAACUCGAUGUGGAAAAAGCAGUAAAAACCUACUAAAGUACAAUCAUCAGACUGCCAAACAAAAAAACAUACUUUGCAAUUGAGAGUUGCCAACAUGUUACUGUUUACAUUUUUAUAAAUGGGAAAUUUCUUCAUAUUGCUGCAUUUCUUAUACAGUUUACAAAUCAUGUUUUCUCUUUUUCAUAAUAAAUAUGUUUUGACCAAUCA